UCCCAAUAGACGCGGUUUCCUUACCCUUUUCGGCGUGGGUUUCCUACUGUUUCCACUGCCAGGGUCUCAGCGUUUUGAAUGAAUCCAACUCUUUCCCUGAUGCUUCCAUAAAGAUGGUAUAGAAGUUGAAUUCUUCUCUUUCCCGUAUCACUAACUCGGAGACGCCGACUUCUUCACGGUUUUUUUUAUUUAUAAUUCCGUCGUUGGAAUUAUCAAAUGAUGAACUGAACCCCAUUUUCUUCGCAGCUUGACCUGCCAAGAUUCGUCUCUAAUCGGGUGAUCGAUGUCUGCGGCAUCUUCUUCUUGUCAAGGGAGUCACGAUGUUUUCUUGAAUUUUAGGGGAAAAGACACCCGCAACGGCUUCACUGCUCACCUCUACGAAGCCCUAUGCAAUAAAAAAAUCCGGACUUUCAUGGAUGCCGACAAGAUUGUCAAAGGCGAGGAAAUAUCGGCAUCACUUGUUACAGCAAUGGACAAGUCCAUGUUUUGCAUUGUUGUUUUGUCCAAAAACUAUGCUUCUUCCACGUGGUGUUUGGACGAGCUUGUUCAGAUCCUCAAGUGCAAAAAUGCCAAGAAACGAACAGUUUUGCCCAUCUUCUACAACGUAAAUCCUUCUGAUGUACGAGAACAGAAAGGGAGUUUUGCAAAAGCCUUCGCUAAACUGGAAGAGAAGUUCAAGGAGGAGAUGGAGAGGGUGAAGAUGUGGAAGCAGGCUCUCACUGAAGUUGCUAAUGUAUCUGGCUGGGAUGCCAGGGACAGGCAUGAGCCCACGCUUAUCAAGGAAAUUGUCCAAUACAUUUCUGAUGGAUUGAUUAAUAAAUCUUCAAAAGACGUUGAGGCCAUGCAAGGGCAGGCAAAGGAGCGAAUUUCGGUGCUCAAUAUUCCUACUUCACCGAGUAUUGUGGAAAGGGGUGAAUUCCCACUUAGGAGCAAAAUGAAAAUCAAUCGAGUAAAAGAAAUAGAUGCCAAGGCCAUGGAAGUAUAUUCCCACUUAGAGAUAAGUGAACCUGAUGUUACCAUUUCGCCUACUAUUUGGGGAAAGAAGAGAAAGAGGGAAAUUAAGUAAGUAAAAGAAACAUAAAUCAAGUAUUCAAGAUAUGCGGAAGCGAUAGUAGCAGAUCACUCAAGGGGAACUGGGCAAGUGAGCCUGAUAUUCCCACUUCAAUAAAACAACUUUAAUCUGUGCUAGUACUUGUUUUAUUAUUAUUAUUUUAAUUUUUUUCAAUAUUUUUAUGAUUUUUUUUUAAUUUUUAUUAUAUUGAUUUUUUAGAAUUUUUAUAUUUUUUUAUUCAAUACUUUUCAAUAUUUAUGUAAAUUCAACAACCUUUUUUUAUA